AUGGGCGACGGGCUCAGCAGCGACGUGCCGCGUCCCAACGUCACAAUACCGGCGUCCGUCCUCUCACAGACACAGAUCGUGACGCCUCUUCCUGCGGACGUGCCGUUUGAACCCGCGAUGACCAUCGCCAUUGACCCGAUCGCCCUGAUUACCCAAGAAUGCAUAACGAUCACGUCCGCAAUGCGCAAGCACGCCCGUUGGGCUCAGUCUUCGGUGUCGGCCAUUCUAGGAGGAGGCGCAACAAGAUUACAAGAGAGGGAACUGCUCCGGUCAUCGUCACAGCCACGUCGCACGAGCAAAGGCCCCGUCAUGCUGGAUCCCGGAAUGGCCAGACUCAAUGUUCCCAGCGCUGGCGACGACGACAACUCCAGCCUAGCUAGCAGAUGGGGCCUUCGGGGGCGUAAAGGGAAGAGCAUGCAGGAUAACCCGCUCCUUACAGCCUUUGCACGUUUGCGGCGGGACCUGGCUGGUUGCCGGGAUGUCUCUGCGGUCGACGCUCCCGAGCUCCUCCACCCAUUCCUGCAAGUCAUACGCAGCUCGUCCACGAGUGCUGCGAUUACGAGUCUAGCGGUCAUAUCCAUCACGAAGUUCUUCGCAUACAACAUCAUCACAAUCCGUUCACCAAGGAUUUCCCAGGCCAUGCAUUUGCUCUCGGCGGCCAUCACCCACUGCCGCUUCGAAGCUAGUGACACGGCCGCGGAUGAGGUCGUUUUGCUGCGGAUACUGCGGCUGAUGGAGUCAAUCAUCUCGAGACCCGAGGGCCAGCUCCUGGGCGAUGAGAGCAUCUGCGAGAUGAUGAGUACUGGGCUGAGCAUGUGCUGCCAGGCCCGCCUUUCCGAAGUUCUUAGACGGAGUGCGGAGAUGGCCAUGGUCACUAUGUGUCAGGUUGUGUUUGGGCGCUUAAAGAGCAUUAGAGUGGAAGAGAUCCCAAAGUCAAGGAGUCGGUCGAAUACCAGAACUACAUUGGCCAGUCCCGCCGAUGAGCUGAAGAUUGAACCGCCGAUGACAGGGAGUGUCAUGGGGAACGGCCAGCCAGAGAGACCAAGUGUCGACGUGGACGGUCGGGCAAGUGCUGAAGGUGCUGCGGAACCCAAGACGCCGUCUACAGAGCCGCAGAACACGAAUGCUCCUGCGACCGAGGAUGAGUUCGAGAACGUCGAGCCUUACGCUUUGCCUUCUAUCAAAGAGCUUUUCCGGGUUCUGAUUGAUCUACUCGAUCCGCACGACAAGACACACACCGACGCUAUGCGCAUUAUGGCACUACGAAUCAUUGAUGUUGCACUGGAGGUUGCCGGCCCUUGGAUAGCAAAGCAGCCUGUGCUCGCGGCCCUUGUGCAAGACGAUCUGUGCCGCCAUCUAUUCCAGCUAGUUCGUUCGGACAACAUGGUGCUGCUCAACAGCUCGUUACGAGUUGCAGGAACAUUGUUAGCCACGUGCCGGAAACUACUCAAGCUUCAGCAGGAACUAUUUCUGUCCUACCUUGUGGCUUGUUUACAUCCCCGAGUCGACAUACCACAAGAGGCGGGGAUCGAUCCGUCGCUCUACGAAGGCGUGCCCCAAGCUCCAAAAUUGGUCAGGCCGGCGCCGUCGCAGCCAAGCAGUGGCCGAUCGACGCCGGUACCCAUCAAAGACCGGCAGAAGUUGGGCCUGGAAGGUGGCGCUAGGAGACCAGAGGCGCGCGAAGCCAUGGUUGAGUCCAUUGGCACCCUCGUCCGGAUGCCAAGCUUCAUGGUUGAGCUCUUCCUGAACUAUGACUGCGAGGUUGACAGGCAGGACCUUUGCGAGGAUAUGGUGGGACUUCUGUCGCGGAAUGCCUUCCCGGACUCUGCGACCUGGAGCACAACCAACGUACCUCCACUGUGCCUCGAUUCUCUGCUGAGCUUCGUGCAGUUCAUAGCAGAAAGGCUAGACCAGGAGGUGCCGUACUGGGGGGAAGAACGGAUACGACAGCUUCGUUUGCAAAGAGUCAGGAAAAAGAUCAUCAAGAGCGGGGCGUCCAAGUUCAACGAUGACCCCAAAGCCGGCGUGGCAUAUCUGGUGAAGAACGGCAUCAUCAAGAACCCCGACGAUCCAAUACAGGUGGCGCAGUUCAUGAAAGGCACUUCCCAUUUGUCGAAGAAAGUGCUGGGAGAGUUCUUGACCAAGAGGUCCAACGAGGCGCUCCUCACAGCCUUUAUUGAUGAAUUCGAUUUUGUGGAUAAACGAAUCGACGAGGCACUGCGGGAAGUGCUUGGUUCCUUCCGUCUCCCAGGCGAGGCAGCACUCAUUGAGCGAAUUGUCAACACCUUCACGGAAAAGUACAUCGAGGCCACGGCACCGGAGGACAUUGCAGACAAGGACGCGGCCUUCGUGCUCGCCUAUGCCAUUAUCAUGCUGAACACGGACCUGUACAACCCCAAUGUUGCCAAGACUCAAAAGCGAAUGUCCCAUGAGGACUUUGCUCGGAAUCUUCGUGGCGUCAAUGCAGGCAAAGAUUUCCCUCCCGAGUUCCUGCAGGACAUCUACGAAGCCAUCAAACAAAACGAAAUAAUCCUGCCGGAUGAACAUGAAAACAAACACGCCUUUGAAUAUGCUUGGAAGGAGUUGUUGUUGAAGACGCACGACGCCGGCUUCCUGGAGCUGUGUGACACAAACGCCUUCGACGCCGAAAUGUUCCAGGCAACGUGGAGGCCUAUCGUCGCCACGCUCUGCUACGUCUUCAUGUCAGCCUCGGAUGAUGCUGUCUUCUCCCGGGUCGUGGUUGGAUUUGACCAGUGCGCGCAGAUUGCUGGCAAGUACGGCAUCACUGAGGCCUUUGACCGCAUCGUGUACAGCGUCAGUCAGAUCAGCGGGCUGGCGGCUGAAGUGCCACCAAGCACGUCUCUGAAUACGGAAGUGCAGGUGGGAAAGAAGAAAAUCAUGGUUAGUGAAAUGGCUGUUAGGCUCGGACGAGACUUCAAAGCCCAGCUGUCGACUGUUUUGUUGUUUCGCAUACUGCAGGGGCACGAGAAUGCGGUCGGAGACACGUGGAUUUACAUCGUGCGCAUUCUACGGAAUCUCUUUGUCAACUCUUUAAUCACCUUGCCGGCGUUCGAACAGAGCAGACUUGGAGAUAUUGGUGCGAUCCCUCUACAGCCACCUUCACAGGUCAUCGAUCGAGACGGCCGACUCGGUGAAAGCGGUAUCUUUUCCACCUUCACCUCCUACUUAUCCAGCUACGCGGCAGAUGACCCGCCCGAACCGUCAGAAGAAGAGUUGGAGAAUACUCUCUCCUCCGUUGACUGCGUGAAAGCCUGUCGACCGGAUCGUGUGCUUCAACAUAUGUUCUCGCUGCCUGCGACGCAGAUCAAAUACCUAGUUUCUGCGCUACUGUCUCAACUGGAGGAAUCCUCCCCAGUGGUGACAGUCAAGCCGGAACGACCUAUUCCUGUUACUGUCAGGGUAAACGGUCAUCGAAUGCCCAAGGCUGGACCGGAGUAUGAUCCUGGCACGGUAUUCCUGCUUGAACUGGCAACACUACUCACACUCCGAGAUGACCAGACGAUUGCUGCAGCGGGUGAACAACUCACCGGCACACUCCAAACUGCCGUUAGGGACGCCUCGAAUCUUCACCCUCUUGCUGCAGCCCGGGUGGUACACUAUCUCCUGGAGUUGCUGCGGUAUAGCUACACGCACGACUUCAUGCGUGCCCCCGUCGUCCUCCACGCCAUCUCGUCUUUUGACGACCAAACCCUCGAUCGCACCGCUUCCACAAUUACUGCCGGUCUUUCAACGGCAAUUUCCGGCGCCACCCCUCUACGCAAUGAGAUUACCAAAUCGCCCGAUUUCUGGUCCACUCUACAACGUCUACAUCAGCAUAAGACUGAAGCGGAGAAAGUCUUGGAUAUUUUGAGCCACCUGGCCACGCAAGAUCAGGCGCUCACGGCAGACAACUUCGAAUCCGCAGUCAGUCUGGCGAACGACUUUGCCUCUGCGGGCUCGAUCGGGAGUAUCCAAGAGAAGCGCAAAGACUUUGCGGCCAAGCAGGGACGCAGAGCUAAGGAUGCCAGACCCGAGGACGCCGCGUUGGUGACUCGUGCCAAUCAGGCCGUCUCAUUGAUCUACCAGUUAACCGAGCGCGUGCCUAGCCUGAUUGACCAGAGCCAUUUGGAGAGAAGUGAAGCGUGGGCCGCGUAUUGGAGUCCGAUAUUCCGCGCGCUGUGUUCUCAAUGCGUCAAUCCCUGCCGCGAGGUUCGCUAUCGCGCCAUCUCGGCUCUCCAGCGAACUCUGCUGAGUGAGAGCGUGGCGGAUACAGGUCACGAACACGCAGAAUGGACCGCCAUCUUCGAUGAAGUGCUGUUCCCUCUUACGCUGAGGUUGUUGAAACCCGAAGUCUACCAGCUCGACAGUCUGGGCAUGAACGAGACCAGGGCCCAGAUGGGCGGCCUUUUGUGUAAGGUCUUCCUUCGCUAUCUUGAUCGACUUCACAAUAUCCCUCUCACCACCACCGAGAUUCCCGCGGCCGGCAAGGAAGAAGAAGAAGAAGACGACGAAGAGGGCGGGGACGAGGCCACGACAGAGAAACAACCCAACGAGAAGCCAACGGACGAUGCACCCUCGACCACAGCACGGCAACAGGGCACAGGAACCAAGAUGGCAGACAUCUACCUGAAAACCCUAUCCCUCCUGGACCGCCUCAUGAAUGCCGGCACCAUCGAUCCGAAAUCCUCCCAGACGGACGCUCUGUCAGAAGCAGUCCGCGAAGGCGUCAAAAAUACGCUGCUAGUCAUGGACGGGGCGGGGUAUCUCCAGCGCUCCACAAGCCCUAGAAGUCCACGGACAACGGAUACCAAGCCUCGCACCACGCCUGAUGACGAGAUCUGGCCCGAGACCGUGCGGCGAUUGGACAGGUUCCUGCCCGGUCUCGUGGCAGAGUUGUUCCCCCCCGAGGCGGGAGAGAAGGACGCCCGGGAGGGAGGGGGAAAGAUCAAGGAGAAGGAGGAAAGGGAAAGUGAUGCUGGCGCCGGUGCUGGCGGUGGUGAUGAGAAUAAGUAG